AUGCCGACAUCCUCGUAUGGUGGACAAGGCAGCGGCGCGAUGUCGAACGCGAGGGUACGAUGGAAAAAGGCCAGCGUCGUGGCCCGCCGAGCGGGACAUGAUGACCUGGAAUCCGACUCAUCCUCGCUCACCACUACCGCGACAAAUGCCUCGGUAAGCGAGCAAGAGCGCGUGCGGAAGAAGAGUGAGCAAAUCUUGGGCAGAUCCAAGCAGAAAGCGCAGAUGAUGGGCCUGCAGUAUUUCUUGGAGAUGGUCGACGUUAAGCACAGGGAAGAACGGCAGUACUACCUGGUCAAGGUUGAUGACGAAGGGCGCUUGCGUUGGGCAAAGAACGAUGCGAGGGUCGACACGACGAAUGCGUACAAGGACAGCAUCCAGGGUAUCGUGCCAGCUGAUGACCCAACGCCCGCAUACGAUCCUGACACACAGCCGCGCCAUGACUCUUCGCUCCUUCGAGGUAGUUCAACCGAUAGUGCAGCGUCUUCCGCUCGAUCCAGAAGAAGGGCAGAUAGAGAGGCGAAGUACCUCAACCCGCAGGGAAACGAUUCGGACUCCGCGGACGAGCACGAAGAUGAAGAGCCAGAUGAGCAUCAACAUCCUCAGAUGAGGAAGGUCAAGCACUUCUCUGCCUCGACCAUCUGGAACAAACUCCUUCGCAAGUCUGUCAAGGAGGGGACGUGGAUUUUCGUUGCGGACACCUCCUUUCGUAGCCGGAUUUCCGCUGCUGGCCUAAUCAAAAUCAAGGACGGGAGGAUAACGUCGCUUUCCCCGCUGAGUGGUCACUAUCGGCCCCCAGCAAGCAGUUUCCGCUCCUUUGUUCACUCAUUGCGUGAGGGGGGUGUAGACAUGAGCAAGGUCACCAUCUCAAAGUCCUUUGCUAUCCUCGUCGGUCUAGAGUCCUAUAAGCGGGCGCGCAAGAAGUCUAAGCAUCUAUUGGGCAAGAUGACGAAUAGGAAGGAAAGGCUGGUCCAUCCUGAGGAAUUUCGGCAACAAGAGGAAGAAGCCAUGGAUACUAGUAGGAGUGCAGCUCGUGAGCGGGAAGUUGUCGCGGCGGAGAUGGAAGAGAGCAAGACCGCUACCAGAGGUAGGCUUGCUGCCGUGCUCUCCAGCGCUCGCCAGCUAUCCCUCAACAAGCAAUCGCGCGACGGGAACGUGUCAAACAUCAGUCACGUCUCAUACAGCUACCAAAUUCGAGCAUUGCCCUCUCAACGCUUCACGCUCAUUGCAAAAACGAUGCGAUCCACCACAUUGGUUGCCAAUGGCCUCCGUCACCCGCUCCUCACAUCGAACCAGGCCGUUGCCGAAGGCGGCGGCACAGGAGGUGCGCAGGGUCGUACGAAGCGAAAAUUACAACAAUCCGUCGCGCAAGGCCGCGCCGACACCCCUCCAGCAGGCGCUGGUCAAACGUCGGCCGCAAACCUCACAAAACACCAAGCCAAAGUUGCCAAUGGUAUUCGACACGAGCUGGACAGACUGGCAACCGAAGGGGGUGUCGAUAGAGAAGGCAAGCGCAAGCUGCGCUCGCAGGAGUCAACGCGCUUCAAGAGCGAGCUAGCGCAGUACUUUCCGGACUACGACGAGGUGAUAGGAAAUGAUGAGAAGCAAGAAUAUCUGUUUAACGUCGACACGCCUAUUCUCGUGUCGGACUCGGCGAACGAAAGUGAUGAUAGGCCCCUCGGGCCCGACCACGGCACCGUGGUUUCGGUACGAAGCUACGGCGAUGCGCUGUAUACAGAAGUCUCAAAUGCCCAGCGCAUCGAUCUGAGUUCACUAGGGUUGCAACAAUCUAAGAACAUUACUCCAGAGGACCCUUUGCAUGACAGCAAUUACGAAAAUAUACAUCGAAGAGCAGAGCGAUUGGAGCGGAACAUACGAAACACUGAGAAGGGGCGAGCUCAACAUGAUCGCGACCGAAUAGUUCAGCUCAAGGAGAGUUUAGAAGGCCAGGAUUGGCUCAAGGUCAUGGGUGUUAGUGGCGUGACAGAAGCCAGGAAGAAGACAUUUGAACCUGCGCGACGUUACUUCAUAUCUGGCUGCCAAGCAAUCAUUGACAAGUUCACCAACUGGAAGAACGAGGAGAAGCGACGCAAAGCAGAGAAGAACAAGGCAGAUGCCGAAGCCGAAGAGGAGGACGAGGAGGAGGCGGAAUCCGAGGAAGCUAGUGAUGAAGAAGACGACUCGUCCCGUGGGACUAGCGAAGCAUCGUCCCCCGCAAAGCAGCUUCGCGAAGAGGCUAUGGCGAGAUCAAGACUGACAGCCAGAACUGCAAAACGACCGCGACCACGGCCCCUGCUUAGAACAGAUCCGCCGGCAGGACCGCCGCCGCCGCCCAAAGAGUUCAAGUCCUUCUUUGAGAAGCAGCACGAGCGUGACAGUGCAGUGAACAGGACGCGUAGAGGGCGCAAGGUCCUCGCAUGGGGAUUGCCGAUACCCGAGUUGUCUGAUGUUGAUUUCGAAUUGCCGGCUCAUUUUCUAGACGAAGACAAGAUGCGAGCUAGGGCGCGGAAGAAGCGUGCGGACAAGCGGCGGAGCAAGGGUUGA